CUUUACGGCAGUACACAACACAUGGUUCAGCGGUCUGCCGAGAAAUGCCAGUUAUAACAGAGGUUUCCAGCAUGUUUUGGGGAGUUACGCUUGAUGAGGGAAAGCGGUAUACUCAGACCGUUGAGCGAUCCUUCCACAUAUCAGCAGCAACACUCGAACCUAAAGAUUCAGCUAAGCACAAGCCUGUUAGUGUAAUGAUCUCUACAAACAAAGCUGAAUUCUUGCUAGCUGUCUUGCAACAUGGGAAAACCUACAACCAACAGCUUGACUUGAACUUUACAGAGGGAGAGGAGGUCACAUUUUUCUUAAAUGGAGAGGGUGUGGUCCAUCUCACAGGUUAUUUGGUAGAGGAUGAUAUAGAUCAGCAAGACUUUGAGGGUAUGGAAGAGAUGAGUGAUGAGAGUGGAGAGGAAGAAUCAUCUGAAGAUGAGGAAAUACCUAAACUUAAAGCUAUAGAAGCACUAAAGAAAAGCAAAAGGAAAAACGCCGAAGAAGCUACUGGUAAAAAGAAGAAACAGAAAGUAGUAGUAGAGGAAGAUGAAGACAGUGAUGAAGAAGAUGACGAUUUUAUGUUGGAUGAGGCAGAAGAAUCAGAUGAAGACUCAGAAGAAGACUCUGAGAUGGAGGAUGAUGACGAUGAUGAUGAUGAGGAAGAUUCUGGAGAAGAGGAG